UUUUCUUUACUUCCGCAAAAAGAAACCUAAAGAGCUUGAAAGCACCGGGAGUUUCCAGUUGCAGAACCGAUUUUCUCCGUCGACGGCCUCUCUUCCGUUUUUUUUGCAGGAACAAAAUGGAAGACGUCCUAACGGAGAUUCCCCCUCCUUCAAGGUUUUUUCAAGAUGAUCUUAAUAGUUUCGCUCUUCCAUCACCUCCUCUUCCAUCCCCAUUUCUUUUGUUAUCGAACUCUAAGGCUAAUGAACCUCUCCGCCCCUCUCUACUUGUCAUUGCCAUUUCUUCCCCUUCUCUGCAUCUUUUCCGUCAUUUAUCUGCUAAAACCCUUAUUGGAAGUCUCAUCCUACCUGAAAUUCCCUUCUCUGGAAACCAUAUUCAGCCCUCGGUUGAUGACAAAUCUUGCAACAUUUACUCAAUUGAUCAAGAUAAUGAACUAAUUAUCCUCGUCUCCGUUCAGUUUUCUGUUCCUGCAGAGAGAUCUAACCUUGUUGCAAAGCUACUACUUGAUAACAAAAUUAUUCCUGAGAGGGUUUUGAUCUUGGAUAGUCUUCAGAGCCAAAAUUUUCGGGGCAAGCUUUCACCUGAUGAAACUUUUGCUUUCAAGCUGGAGACUUCUUCUGAAAGAAAGAGUCGAGAUGAGGGUGAUAGCGGUUCCCUAAUGUUAAAAGGCCUGGAUUACUAUCCAUCAGGAAGUGUUGUAGAUGGCUUGGCUGCUGCUUUGCUUGGACGUUGUCAGAUGAAGAAUAUCAAGGGAGCCCUCUGUGUUUCAUGGCCAGAAUAUGGAAGUGAGGUGAUAUCUCUGCUCAAAUCUUUACUUCACCAAAAUGUGCUAUUGCAACCUACAUUAGAAUUUUGUACUGAAAGUAACAAUGGGGAUGAGUACCUGAACCGAAUUAAGGACCUAGAUUUAUACACCUGAAAGAGUUGGGUUGUCAGGUUAGUAAUAUACAUUUCCUUGUAUGGUGCACACUGUUUCUUCUUUCCUUUUCACUGUGCUCCAGAAAAUGUUGAAAUAGAUGGUAACCCACGAGGUCAUUAGUUGAGGGGAAUGGAAUUUUCAACCAUUGCUUCUUAAAAUCCAUUUUCUAAGGCUAUGGAAGGUGUUUUUGUAAUUCUGUGUUAGCUAGUACCAAUGAUACAUUCAGCUCGUUAUCAUGCUUGAGAUU